AUGACCAACCGAAUCAAAUUAGCGCUUAAAUUGGGGGAUUCAAAAAAGAGUAAUGAAUUUGAAAUCAAUGAAACGUCGAAGAAAGAUGAUUUUUCAUUGAGUGAAAUUGUACGUUAUGGCUUUCCUUAUCGACCAACAGCACUUGCUUAUGAUCCUGUACAAAAACUUCUUGCUAUUGGAACAAAAAAUGGUAUUAUUAAAAUUUAUGGCGGUGCAUUUGUCGAAUGUUCGUUAUUACAUCCAACUGAAGUUGAAAUAGUUCAACUGGUAUUUCGUGUAAAUGAGGGUGCAUUGAUAAGUGCAUGUCGGGAUAAUUAUAUUCAUUUGUGGAGUUUACGUCAAAAGAAACCAGUUAUAGCCAAUUCACUUCGAUUCGUUAAAGAAAAAAUCAGUCGAUGUCUUCUUCCUCUUACUUUUAAUUCCAAGUGGCUUUUAGUUGGUACACAUGCGGGAAAUGUUUAUGUGGUUAAUCUUGAUACAUUUACACUUUCAUCAUAUAAAAUUAUGUGGAAUAAUGCCAUUGGGAUGGGUAAAAAUACACAUCCAGGUACGGUUGUUGACUUAUGUCAAAAUCCUGAUGAUCCAACACGACUCUAUAUUGGCUUCAGUACGCAUUUAUCUUCAACAAAUAAUGCUCCUGUUGGGCAAGUUGUAUGUUGGAAUUUGCAACAGAAAACAUCUGAAAAUGUUUAUACAUUACAACAGGGUUUAACAUCUAUUUCAUGGCAUUCAGAAGGUCGACAAUUUAUGUGUUCACAUUGUGAUGGAUCAUUAUCUGUUUGGAAUUUACGAACUCUUGAUAAACCUGUUAGCAUUAAUUAUCCGCAUAGUCGUAUUUCAAAAGAUGAAGCAAAUAAAUUUGGUGCAAUAUCAAAAGUUAUUUGGACUUCUAUUAAAAAUUCAAAUGAUACAUUUAUUAUUUUUUCUGGUGGAAUGCCACCUCAAACUGAUUCACAACAAAUUUUAUCGACUAAUACUACUGUUAAUACACCACCGCCUAAACCAUCAUCCUAUUUUUUGACCAUUCUUCGUGGUCAAACAACUAAUGUACUUCAUAUGGACAAUCCUAUUGUUGAUUUUCAUAUUGUAACAGCAUCUCCAUAUAUUUCUGAUGCACCUGAUCCGUCAGCAAUUAUUGUUUUACUUGAAAAUGAUCUUGUUAUGAUUGAUCUUAAAAGUGAAAAUUAUCCUCUUUUUGAAAGUCUUCAUACAUUAGAUCUUCACGAAUCACCUGUGACUUACUGUGACUAUAUGACAGAACCAAAUACGAUUUUUUAUCAAAAUCUACUUCGAUUACAAACAAAACAAACACCAAAACGUGCUUAUAGUCAACAGGAAAAUCCAGUAUCAGGUGGUAAAUCCGGUUCGACUAUAUUUGGUUACAAUGAACUUAUUAUAACUGGUCAUGCUGAUGGUUCAAUUAAAUUUUGGGAUGCAUCCGGUUGUAAUCUUUUAUUUUUAUAUAAAUUACGUACAAAUCGUUUAUUUGAUCGUACACAAUUAACAAAUCCAUUAUCUUCAUCAUCAAAUAGAAAAGAUCUAAAUACAAAUAUUAAAUUUGAUAUAAGAACAUCACGUGCAAAUAGUACUAUAAGUGACGAAUCAACUCAACAACAAUUAAAUUCAAUAAAUUUAUCAAAUGAAUUAAAUGGUUAUGAAUAUCCAUUUGCAAUAUAUUCAAUAAAAAUGUGUUGUGAUGGAAAAUAUUUAAUAGCUGCUGCACGUGGUGGUCAUGUUACAUUAUUUAAAUUUACUGGUUCUGAAUUAGAUAAAGCUGAUGAAGGAUUAGGAGAUUUAUCAUGGUUAGAAAUUCCAAUUUUACAUAGAAAUUCAUCAAAUGAUCAUAUUGAUACAAAUAUAAGUGGAAAUUUUUCAGGAAUAACUGAUUUACAAGCAUCAUUAUCACGACAGAAUGCGCAGAAAAAAGAUUUUAAAAGUUUACUUCGAGCAAAAAUGGGUUAUCGACGAAUGGCUGGUUAUCAACCUGAACUUGUUUGUCUUUUAUCAUGGUUACCCAGUGAUAAAAUACCUGUCUUAGCGGAUAUUUCAAUUAGUUCAAAAUAUGGAUUAUUAAUACUUGGAUUAGAGAAUGGUCUUGUUGUUAUUGAUUAUUUAAGUAAAUCUAUCUUAAUGAAUAUGGCCACUGCUGAUCUUUAUGGUACAAUGGAUCCAUUUCAACGAACAACAGUAACAGCAACAUCUCCAAAACGUCGAGGUACUUCAAAUGAUUCCAAUAAUGAUGAUAUACUGUCUGCCGAUUGUCAACAUGAACCACUCAGUCCUUCACCUUCAGUUGAACCAGGAUCAUCAAAAAAUCCUUUUGCAUUUUAUACUACUGGACAAAUGUCAAAUAAACUUCGUGCAAAACCAUCCAAUCAAGCUCCGUCUCAAAAUACGCCUAGUGAAAAUGUAUCAACAUCAUUUUUUCGUUCACGAUCAAGUGAAUCAAUACCUGGUAAUGAUCAAACAACAGUAUCACAUUCAACAGGAGGAGGAGGAACUACUAGUGGUUAUGGUCUUCAUGAAGAAAAACCACCGAGUGUAACAACAUUAUCAAAAACAUUCAGUACACUUCGUAAACGUUUAUCACGCCCAUCAAAUUAUAGUAAACAAGAAUCGGUCCUAAAUCGUAGAAGUUCAAAUCAAACUGAAAAAGAUAGGCCUGUAAAAAGUGGUGGUGAUGAUAGUGAAACAAGUAGUGCAGGUGAAGAAAAUAAUCAAUCAGCAUUUACAGAAAUACGAACAUUAAAUCAAGAUUCAACAAGAGUUCCUUCUGCGCCAGCAACAUCAUUGAAAGUACAUCGAUCAUUACCAUCAGAAAAAACAACAUCAACCCUUACAGCGUCACCAUUAACUGCAAUUGAUUCAAAUGAGGCAAAUGAUGAUAGUGGAAGUGGCAAUGAAAGUACAAAUCUAUCAAAAACUUGGGCACCAUCGACAUUUACACGUGCUCAACUACGUGGUACAUGUUCACUUGAAUAUACUGAACAUAUGCGAGAUAAAUCUCAUAAACGAAAAGCACAUAUGAUUGAUUUACGUAAAGAUGAUGAGUAUCAUCAUCAACAAUCAAUUACAACAACAUAUCCAAAUAAAUCAACGACUAUUGAUCUUCCACGUUCAACAAGUAUUUCAAGUUUGGAUAAUAUUGUUUUAAAUGAAAGUGUAUGCGCUAUACAAUUUUCCGAAUCAUUUAGUUAUAAAAAUGAUUCUAAUCUUUCACCAAGUGUUUGGCUUGGUACAAGUACAGGUUGUGUACUUGUUAUUAAUUUAAAUAUAACUUAUGAGCCUCGAAAUAUAAGCGUUGUACCCAGUGGAAGUGUAUUUCGUUUGUGUGGUCGUCUAUUACAUGUUUCAUUUCUUGAUCAUAAGGGAGUCAUAAUAGCACCUCCCAGUGAAAAAUGGGAUACAAAAAAAAUAAAACCUAUUCGACCAACAGAUGGUACACAAGAUUUAAAUGCAUCAUCCAUAUUACCAAGUAGUAAUUUAAUGUCUUCCCAAGUUGCAAGUACUCUGUCAAAUAAUAUACAAUAUGCUGUUUUUUGUUCAUCAAAACAAGCUCGAGUUGUUGCACUACCAUCACAAGUUUGUAUAUCCAAACAAAAAAUUUAUGACUCACUUGGUGCAUCAGCAUCAAGUGUAUUUCGAGCAGUUGUUGUUAAAAUUGCAGGUUCCUCUUGUUUAACAUGUUAUGCAUCUGGUGGCCGUAUACAUGUGUAUAGUUUACCUAGUUUACGUGAAUUAUUUGUUACUAAUCUUGAUAUAGUUGUUGAUUCAUUCAAAUCAUUGGCUGCGUCGACAUGUACAUUUACUGAUCGAGGUCAUGGACUUUUUAUGUGUUCACCAACAGAAAUUCAAAAGCUUAGUAUUGCUUCAGACGUUAAAGAACAAGUCAAUGAAAUGCUUUGCGAAUUGUAUGAUCCAUCAGUAGUAAUGCCUGCAGCGCCAAAACAAAACUUUUUCGCCAAAAUUUUUGCUUCAAAUUCAUUUGUUGAUUCAGAUCAAUUAUUUGGUGAAGCUGCUGGUAAAGCACCAUUUGGCAUUGUUAAAAGAGAAGAUGUUAAUGCUAAUAUGAAUCGAAUGCGUGGUACAGUUGAUUCAGUUACUAAUGUUGUUGCUGAUACACGAAAUAAAUUAAUUGAACGUGGUCAAAAACUAAGUGAAGUUGAAAUGGCAUCCAAACAAAUGAGUGAACGUGCUGAAGAAUUUGCUACUUUAUCACAUAAAGUUAUGUUAAAAGAAAAAGAAAAAGCUGAACGGUGGUCAUUUACAUCGAAGAAAUCGUGA